AUGAUCAUUGUUCAGAGUUUAGUAGAAGUUAUAACAGUAUUUAGAGCUAUUGAAUCAAUUAUACUGAGUGCUCAGCAAGAAGGACCAAUCAGCAUAUCACACGUGUUUCUAACAAGUUCUUGUCGAGAUGUAAACAAAAACAAACUGGCCCUAGGGCAAAAAAAGCAGAUUGGCCCAUCUUGA